UUAGCAUACACGCCAUGAGCUUUUUGAAAAUUUUAUUGCGUGAGCAGGAAAUUAGAGGAGAAACUUUUCAAGCAUCCACACGGUUUGUAAGUUGCUUAUAUAUUUAUCAGUGUUUCCAAAUUAUGAUAUGCAUUACAUAAUUCAGAAACAAUGGGGUUGUCAAUCUUGAAGAGUGUUUUUUCACUUGUUUUCCUUCUCUUGUUUGUUGCAAUGUCUCAUUCUUCAACAGAUAUUGCUUCUAAUUCUACUCAGGAAGCACUAGCUCUUCUCAAAUGGAAAGCCAGCCUUCAAAACCACAGUCACUCCCUUCUGUCAUCAUGGACCCUUUCUUCUGCAAAUUCCGCAAACACUUCAAACCACCUCAAAACCAAGAUAAGUUCAUGCACUUGGUUUGGAAUCUCUUGCAAUCGUGCUGGAAGCAUCACAGGUAUUAACUUGACCAACACAAGUCUGAAAGGCACACUUCAUGAACUAUCAUUCUCAUUAUUUCCCAAUCUUGCAUUCAUUGAUCUAAGUGUGAAUGAACUCUUUGGUGUCAUCCCUCCUCAAAUCAGCCACCUAAAAAAUCUAGAGGUCCUUCACCUUUAUUCAAAUAAGUUAUCUGGUUCUAUUCCUAAUGAGAUAGGAAACUUGAACUCCCUAACAAAUUUAGCUUUGGGGGAUAAUCAAUUGAGUGGCUUUAUUCCUAAUUCUAUUGGAAAUAUGAGCAACUUAAAAGCUUUAUACCUCGACACCAAUAACCUUUCUGGCAAAAUUCCUGAAGAAAUAGGCAACUUGAAGUCUAUUUUGGAUUUGGAGUUAGGCAUAAAUCACCUGAGUGGCUCUAUUCCUCAUUCUAUUGGAAAUUUGAGCAAUUUAGAAGUUUUAUACUUCCACACCAACAACCUUUCUGGCUCCAUUCCUGAGGAGAUAGGCAACUUGAAGUCUAUUUUGGAUCUGAUGUUGAGCGAAAAUCAGUUGAGUGGCUCUAUUCCUCAUUCCAUUGGAAAUUUGAGCAAUUUAGAAGAUUUAUAUCUCCACACCAACAACCUUUUUGGCGCCAUUCCUAAUGAAAUAGGCAACUUAAAGUCUAUUUUGAAUUUGAUUUUUAGUGUAAAUCAACUAAGUGGCUAUAUUCCUCAUUCCAUUGGAAAUUUAAGCAAUAUAAAAGUUUUACACCUCCACACCAACAACCUUUUUGGCGCUAUUAUUGAGGAGAUAGGCCACUUGAAGUCUAUUUUUGAACUAAAAUUGUGCAUAAAUCACCUGAGUGGCUCUAUUCCUCGUUCCAUUGGAAAUUUGAGCAAUUUAGAGGUUUUAUAUCUCCAUACCAACAACCUUUCUGGUUCCAUUCCUGAGGAGAUGGGCAACUUAAAGUCCAUUUCGGAUCUGGGGUUAGGUUUAAAUCGAUUGAGCGGCUCCAUUCCUUGUUUCAUUGGAAAUCUAAGCAACAUCAAAUAUUUGUAUCUUAGUGAUAACAACUUUUCUGGAAUCAUUCCUUAUAAAGUCGGAAAACUCUUGAACUUGAUUAAAUUGGAGUUGGCUAAUAAUCAGUUCGCUGGUUCUCUCCCCCGAACUAUAUGUCGAAGUGGAUCACUUACCCACUUUAGCGUUGGUGAGAACAAUUUGUCUGGUCGUAUCCCCAAAGAUUUAAGAGAUUGUACUAGCUUAAUUAGAGUCCGUCUCCAAGGAAACCAAUUUAUUGGAAAUAUUUCUGAAGAUUUUGGUGUCUAUCCAAAUCUAUCUUUCAUAGAUCUUAGUCACAACAAAUUUUAUGGUGAAAUCUCGUCUACUUGGGGAAAUUGCUCUAGGUUAGGUACUUUCAAUAUCUCUGGAAAUAAUAUUACUGGGAGCAUUGUGCUGCAUAUUCAAAAUUCGAUCGAAUUACAUACUCUUGACCUUUCUUCAAAUCAUUUAAUUGGAGAAAUUCCAAUGGAACUUGGAAAGCUGACUUCUCUUAACAAGCUUGUUAUAACGGGGAAUCAUCUCUCUGGAGGUAUACCUCGUGAAGUUGGAUUACUCACAGAACUUGAGUACCUUGACUUGUCCACAAAUAGAUUAUGCAAGUCAAUCCUAAGAGAAUUAGGGAGCUUGUCGAGAUUGCAUUACUUAAAUUUGAGAAACAAUCAGUUUAGUCUUGAAAUUCCAUUUCAAUUAGGUAAUUUGAUUCAACUCUCAGAACUAGAUUUGAGUCAUAAUUUACUCAAAGGAAAUAUACCAUCUCAGAUUUGUAACAUGGAGAGUUUGGAAUAUCUAAAUCUUUCCUAUAAUAACCUUUCUGGUUUCAUCCCAAGUUGCUUUGAAGAUAUGCAUGGAUUAUCGCGUAUUGACAUAUCUUAUAACGAGUUACAAGGUCCAAUUCCCAACAACAAAGCAUUUCGAGAUGCUCCAAUUGAAGCUUUGCAAGGGAAUAAAGAAUUGUGUGGCAAUGUUAGUGGAUUCACACCUUGCAGCUCUCGCACUUCGCAAAAACACGUCUUAGGAAAGAGGUUGGUAAUUUCCUUUGUUGCUUUAGGAGCACUUGCUCUUCUAAUUGUUGUGACAAUAAUGUUCUUUUGUUUUCGGAGAAAGAAACAAGAGUUACAGAAAGAACAUAGAAGUGUGAACAAUUAUAAAUUUCUUUCAGUAUUAAAUUUUGAUGGAAAAACAAUGUUUGAAGAAAUUACAAGUGUAACAGAGAAUUUUGAUGCCAAGUAUUGCAUCGGGAGUGGUGGAUCUGGAAGUGUUUAUAGAGCACAACUUCUAUCAGGGCCUAUUUUGGCAAUAAAGAAAUUUCACUCGUUUCAUCCUGAUGAUAUAAAUGACCAAAAAGAUUUUUUGAAUGAAAUAAGUGCAUUAACAAAAACACGACAUCGAAAUAUUGUGAAAUGUUUUGGUUUUUGUGUACAUUCUCAACACUCUUUUUUAGUUUAUGAGUAUCUUGAAAGAGAUAGCUUGGCCACAUUCUUGAGUAAUGAAGCUACAACAAGAGAAUUGGAUUGGGGUAAGAGAGUAAAUAUCUUGAAAGGUGUGGCUGAAGCCUUGUCCUACUUGCACCAUGGUUGCUCCCCACCAAUAGUCCAUCGAGACAUAUCAAGCAAAAAUGUGUUGUUGGAUUCAGAAUAUGAAGCUCAUGUUUCAGACUUUGGAAUUGCCAAAUUUCUCAAGCCAGACUCAUCCAAUUGGACACAAAUAGCAGGCACAUACGGAUACAUUGCACCAGAAUUGGCUUACACUAUGAAGGUAACUGAAAAAUGCGAUGUAUAUAGUUUUGGAGUGUUAGCAUUAGAAGUGAUUAAGGGAAAUCAUCCAGGUGAUAUCAUUCCUUCUUUGUCCUCUCCUCUCACUUUGGAGAACAUGUUGUUGAACAAUGUUUUGGAUCCACGUCUUCCACCUCCUUCGCCCGCUAUUUGCGAUCAACUAAUUGCAGUCAUAAAAUUAGCAAUUGAUUGCUUGGGUUCCAAUCCUGAAUUCAGGCCCACCAUGGACGUAGUUUCUCAUAUGUUUUGAGCCACAAAGGAUCGUUUAUUAAUACUAAGUAGAAUGUCUUCUGCGAUAGAAGAAAAAUAGUUUGUGUUAUUUUGUUAUUCUGGUUCAUUGCAUGCAUCUAGUUUUCUAGGCAUGCAUUUUAUUUCCUUGUAAUUUUUAUGUAUUAGUCAAGGCUUUAUGAAAAAUAAAAGUUUCAAAACUAAGAAAUGCAUGUUUAAAUUACUCGAAAAUGAAAGUUCUAUGUAUCAGUGAUUCAAUAAUCCACUCUAUUUACUUCUCUGUGUCACAAUCACAUAUGAUGGAUCCCAGAGCUAAGAUAAUUUGUUCUGUUACUAAGGAAUUGAAAUCUGAACUUGUUUCGAAGUUAUUCAGCGGCAAACAACUUGUAAGUUCCCCUUUUUGGCCUUUUUGCUUAGGUGAGCCUUAGCAACCAAUCAAUCAAGAAGUUUGCUUGUAUCAUUCAUUUUAUCAUCCAAUCUUCAUCUCCAUUUGUCUGUCUUCUAAGAUCUUUGAGAUUCAGAGGAGUCAGAUUCCUGAAUAUGAAACUCUUACUUUGCACAUUUGCCAUGUGAGGCAGGGGCCGAUAUUAGAUUGUCCCUUCUGUGCUUUUUAAUUAAUCUGUCAAGAAACCAAUCCCUUGAAAACAUGUCUGUCAAGAAAUCAAUUUUUUUUUUUUUUCAUUGUCUUGUAGAGUAAUAUAUUCUUAACCUUAAGUAUUUUCCCAAUUAUGCUAUAUGGUUUCCAAACUCGGGCUAAGUUCCAAGGUGCCAUGGAUCAUAGGUUCAGCUGAAGUUUGCUCCUCACAGGAAGGGACAUACUAUAAAGGUUUUACUGGAUUGCCAUGUUGCAGGACAAACAAGUCAAGAAGGAUUUUGAUAUAGAAGCUAAAGCUUCAGGGAUUCUAAAGCCAGUUACAAGAAAAUAUGAUGCUACCAUCACGGAUAACAUUUUAGAGAUCUAUUUUAAUUUGCCGUCAAAGGGAUUAAUGCUCUUCCUGAAAGGGGAGUCUACAGCCCCCUCGUAUCAGCAAUUUCUGUGGUGGAUUCCGACUACAAACCUGCGUAGAAGAAGAUUGCAGAAAUCAUUGUGGGUGUUGUUGUAGGAUCAUGUCUCAUAAUCUUGGCACUGGGUAUCCUUGCUUGGAGAUAAAAAUUCCAGAAUGAGGAGUCGCAAAUAAAAUGGUUUGGUCUUCUUUAAUCUUGUAGGAUAUUUGUUGCAACCAUGUUCAAAAUUUUUUCUCUAAAGUUUGAACUUGGAAAGACUAUCUCAUUUGGGUGAUGAUUUAUCUACAAAUAUCUUAUGGUGGCUUGCAACUAUGAGUUCGGUACCUCAAUAUGGCUAUUUCUUUUUGGUUCUUCGAGCAGAUGUUUUAGAAGGAUCAGAUCUGAAAACAAUUUCUUUUACCUUGAAGCAAAUUAAAGCUGCCACUAACAAUUUUGAUCCUGUGAACAAGAUUGGAGAAGGUGGUUUUCAAACUGUUUACCAGCUCUCUUCAAAAUCAAAGCAGGGAAACCGAAAAUUCUUGAAUGAGAUAGCCAUGAUUUGGUGUCUGCAACACCAGAAUCUUGUAAACCUUCAUGGAUGUUGUAUUGAAGGGGAUCAACUAUUGCUAGCUUAUGAAUACAUGGAAAAUAACAGCCUUGCGCAUGCUUUGUUUG